CAAUUCCCAACUCAAGUUCUAAAGCCCUAACCAGAAAGAUUCUCGUUGAACGGAGCAAAACCCUAAUUUUAUCCGAGGAUCACAAGCGGAGGAAUCGCCAUGACAAACAGCUCGUCGCCGAAAAAAAACGAGCAAGAUCAGCCCGAAACCAGUGGCCCUGUACUCAAAUCCCUGAAAACCAAGCUCAGCAAGCCUGAAGACGCAGAAAAGAAGAUUUUGAGCAAGAAGUUCAAGGAUGUUGAGAUAAGUGUUCCAAUCGUUUAUGGCAAUAUAGCAUUCUGGCUUGGUAAAAAAGCAAAUGAGUAUCAAUCUCACAAGUGGACAGUCUAUGUACGAGGGGCUACAAAUGAGGACACCAGAAGAGUGAUAAAGAAGGUUGUUUUCCAGCUUCACUCUAGCUUCAACAAUCCAACAAGAGUUGUUGAAUCGCCGCCUUUUGAGCUAUCAGAGCAAGGAUGGGGAGAAUUUGAGAUAGCUAUAACACUUCACUUCCACAGUGAUGUUUGUGAGAAGCCUCUAAGCUUAUAUCAUCAAUUGAAGUUGUACCCAGAAGAUGAGUCUACUUCCUUGUCAAUCAAGAAGCCAGUUGUAGUAGAAUCCUACGAUGAGAUUGUUUUCCCUGAGCCUUCAGAGAGCUUUUUAGCUCGGGUGCAGAAUCAUCCUGCUGUGAACGUGCCUAGAUUGCCUGUUGGUUUAACUUUCCCUACUCCUGUUGAAGACCCAAGUGAAAGGAAGAGAGGCGACACUAAGGACCAUCCGUUAAGCCAAUGGUUCACGAAUUUUUCUGAAGCAGAUGAGCUAUUACAACUUGCUGCAGCUCGCCAACAGGUGCAAACUCAUAUUGCAAAACUCAGACGACAGAUAACCGUGAUUGAAGGGCAGCAGCAACAGUUGAAACCUUCUUCCGACCAGUAAUUCACCAUAUAUGCGCAGAAAUAUGCAAUCCUAUAAGCUAAUAUGCAUUGUUUCCCCAGCAAAGAGUUAGGAGUUUUGCAGCAGAAUAGUUGGACCAGUAAGCUAAUGUAUUAUCGAGCUUUGUCAUUCACCUGCUACCUCUUUUGUCCUUAAGUUCUUACCAGCUCACGUCUGGUCCUCUGCCUGGAAUCUAUGGAUAAUUAUAAAUGUCGUUCUGUACAGUAAGAAAGAGCAGCAAUGUGCAAUGUAUCAUGUCAUCAUUAAUAGAAAAUAUUGAAUUCACUGCAGCUCCUGUAACUGCUUAGUUGUAUUUCUAGAUCGUGUUUUGACACAUGGAUCCUUGACGUUGAUGUUACACCUUGGACUUGGC